GUGAGAGAAAGAGUUAAGAGGAGUUCCAUCGCAUUUCAUCUGACUUUCCCACGAGUUCUGCCAAAAGAUUAUAUCAGAUGUGAAUUAAUUCGGGGAAUGCUAUCCGAUACUAUCAGAAGAGACGAAUACAUUCAUCCCUGUCUUGUUUUCGAUAACUUCAAUAAAAUGAAGAAAAAUAAGUCGAAAAAUGAGGAAAAGAAAGAGAUUAAUAUCGAUGUAUUGAUUAAGAUCUCAAAUUGGGAUACAAAUGAUUUUGAAAUGAGAGACUCAGCUAUCCGACAGUUUAUAAAGCGCUCACAUGUUGUACAACACAAUCAACUGUUGAAACAAUUAUUGGAUAAAAUGGAGGAAAAUUCAAAAUUUAUUAAUGAGAAGCGAUCUAAUGUUGAAUUCUCUAUAAGUGACGCGCUUUCCAUUAACUCGUGGGAAAGUCAGAUGAAAUGCGAUGGAACUCCUCUUAACUCUUUCUAUAAUCAACGAAAGAAUAUUAAUGCGAAUAAAGAUAUUGUGAACAUUAAUCUCGAUUUGAAGGCAAACACCGAUACAAACACUCCGCCGACACAACCGUCCAAAAAGAGUAAACCCGACAAACCUCUCACUCCUGACAAACAAAAUACGAAAACUAUUUCAAAGAAACGAAAGUUAAAUGAAAGUCAAAGUAACAAAAAAAGCGAUAAUAAGUCAAAAAGAGCUAAAAAGGCUGAGAAGAAAAGUCUAAUCAAUCGGUGUUUUUGGGCUGUUCCGUUGAAUCGCUGUUUCGGACGAUCGACCGGAUUAUCGGCUUUUAAAUUGAUGCAAACAAUCAAAUGUGUUGUCGUCGGCGACGGAGCCGUCGGAAAGACAUGUCUAUUAAUAUCGUACACAACAAACAAAUUUCCCUCAGAAUACGUGCCGACGGUUUUCGACAACUAUGCGGUGACUGUCAUGAUUGGUGGCGAGCCCUACACCUUAGGACUCUUCGACACCGCCGGUCAGGAAGACUACGACCGCUUACGGCCAUUGAGUUAUCCGCAAACCGAUGUCUUUUUGGUCUGUUUUUCAGUCGUGAGUCCGUCUUCUUUUGAAAAUGUGAAGGAAAAGUGGGUGCCAGAGAUCACACAUCACUGUCAAAAGACGCCGUUUUUAUUAGUGGGAACUCAAAUAGAUCUUCGCGACGACGCGGCAACUGUUGAGAAGUUGUCCAAAAAUAAACAAAAACCCAUCACUUCUGAAGCCGGAGAAAAGUUGGCCAAAGAGUUGAAAGCAGUUAAAUAUGUGGAGUGUUCGGCACUGACACAGAGAGGGCUGAAGAACGUGUUCGAUGAGGCGAUUCUGGCGGCACUCGAACCCCCAGAACCCAAAAGGAAGAAGAAUUGUCUCAUUCUCUAGACAUAUAUCCCGAAGAGUUAACCCUUUUUUCCACAAAUAGUUUUUUAAAUUCAAUUAAUAACUCAAAGAUCAGGAAUUGUAUUGUUUUUUAUUGAAAUUCUGCUCAUUUCUAAACAAAAUGGAGUGAAAAAAUGUCACCAAAUAAUUGAUAAAAUAUUUCAAUUAUUUAUUCUUUUUUAUGUGAUUUAUAAUGAAGUUUAUAAUUAUCUCAUCGUAUUUACCACUCAUUAAACCCCUUAAAAGGCCUCAAUUAUGGGCGCAUUUCGUAAACCAUAUGUACUGUUGUUGUGGUUUUCUUGUGGUUGUUUUGGUGCCAACAGUUUUGGAUUAAGGAUUUCUGAUAAGCACUGGAAUUACCGAAACAUAAAUCAAUUAUAUUUAGUAAAAGUCAAUCCAAUUAAUGUUUUCAUUCAAUUAUAUAUGAUUUCUAUUUGAAACUUAUUGAUUGAUAGGACUAUAACUAAUUGAUUAUUCAAUAUUUAAUAUCAAAUCAAACAAUAAAUCUUUUCUAAUUUGAAACAACA